CAGCAAUGUCGAAAUAAAUUGAAGAACGUUUGUGCGUAGUAUCGACGUGUUCCGGUCGCAAUGCGUUAUGGGAAAUGGUGUGCCACUUUGUAAUGUCCAAAUUGCAAUUAAAGGAAUAGCUAAAGGAAGAUGGCAGCGUGUGCAUUACGUCGGGGCUUGUUGUCCAUUGUUAGUAAAUAUAACCAGCACAAAUGCACUCACAGAAUACUGAGUGCAAUAGACUUCAGCAGCCGAUUCGAUGUGAGAAGAGUCCAGCCGCUGUGUUCAUCAUGCGGUCUGUCCAGUUUUCAACAGACGAGGUUCAUGUCAUCGCGAAACAGGCCGGAAGGGAAAAUACUGGAGCCUGUUGGAGUAUUUGAAGCUCUGAAGCAGCACGGCAAAUAUGAAACUGGUCAGCUAUUCCUACACAGUGUUUUUGGCUAUAGAGGCAUUGUGUUAUUUCCUUGGCAUGCUCGUCUUUAUGAUCGAGACGUGAGUCCUGCUGCUGCUGCUACUGCUGCUGCUGACAGCAAGCCAGACUCUGUGGGCCAUGGGUCGAAAGAAGUGAAGGGCAAGAUGCAUACAUACUACCAAGUCCUCAUAGACACCAGAGACUGCCCUCACAUAUCUCAGCGAUCUCAGACUGAAGCAGUUACAUUUCUGGCAAAUCAUGAUGAUAGCAGGGCCCUGUAUGCAAUUCCAGGUCUGGAUUAUGUGAGUCACGAAGACAUCCUGCCUUACAACUCCACUGAGCAAGUUCCUAUCCAGCAUGAGCUGUUUGAACGCUUCCUCAUGUUUGACCCCUCCAGAAAUCCUCCGUUUACAGCGAGAGAUACCCUCCGGGCCUGGCAGGAGAAGAAUCAUCCCUGGCUGGAGCUCUCAGAUGUGCACCGUGAAACCACAGAGAACAUCCGUGUCACUGUCAUCCCCUUCUACAUGGGCAUGAGAGAGGCUCAAAACUCCCACGUGUAUUGGUGGCGGUACUGCAUCCGUCUGGAGAACCUGGGCAAUGAGGUGGUUCAACUCAGGGAAAGACACUGGAGGAUCUUCAGUCUCUCAGGAACUCUGGAAACAGUCCGUGGCAGAGGAGUGGUUGGCAAGGAACCUGUUUUGUCAAGUGAACAGCCAGCAUUUCAAUACAGCAGUCAUGUUUCACUCCAAGCACCCAGUGGACACAUGUGGGGGACAUUCUGUUUUGAGAGGACAGAUGGCUCACAUUUUGAUGUGCGCAUUCCACCUUUUUCACUUGAGAGUAAUAAAUAUGACAAAGCUCCCCCUACUGGCUAUCCCCUGUAACAGACCUGUACCUAUGGGCUUACCUCAGCUCAGCAUCCUUACAGGCUCCCUUGGAGAUCCAUGUUUUACCUUCCUUACCAGUGCUCCUUCAAUAUACAGUGGAUUUAGUGAAGCAUCUUUCAGUUUCUGACCUCAGCACUGAAUAUUUGUAGCAGUCGCAUAUCUUAAAAGGAAAAAAAGGAAAGCAAGUUGCAAUGAGGAGUUGAUCUUAUUAAAUGGUGUAAUGCAAGUGUGCGAUGGGGACACGGCCAACUGAUUCUUUUAAACUCUUGCAUCUCGAAAGGCCGUACUGAGAGAAUUUGAAUGUGAUUUUUCUUCUAUUUAUUUGUUAUCUUUAAGUUUAAACCCCUUUUAUAAUAAAUUCCUUACUUAUAUUCUGGAGAAGACAUUCUCUAGAUGUGUUUUCUCCAAAUUGCAAAUAGUCUACUUAAUGGCUUGCUGCAAAUAUUAUUCUAAGGUCAUGCCAAAGUCAGCCAGUGCAAUGUGGGCUGACUAAGAACUGUAUUAGAGAUCAUCAUCUUAAAACCAACCUUUGAUCAUAUAUUUGGAUUAAACUACUGGAUGAUGAACCGCUUUACUGUUUACUGUAAAUAUGUUUGUAAAAGCAUAAAUAAAAUGACAUUUCCAA